AUGUCCUCGUGCGGAGCGAGACCAGCGGGACCUGCGGGUAACAAAGGCUAUUCCCCGUGCCGACGGGUGGACCGACCAUCAUUUCGUCAUCUCCAAGAUGUGGAUUCGCCUACAGCCUCACAGGAAACCUCAGGGUAAGCGGAACCCAGGUAGGCAGAAUGUCGUUUUGUUAUCUUUGUCUGCCCACCAUCUCUAUUUCGGCAGUGAGCUAUCUCAACGGCUAGCCAGCCCUCUAGUCGCUGCCGCCGUCGCGGCCGCCACUGCCGCCGUCGCUGAUGAGAAUGCCUCCGUGGAGAACCGAUGGUGUCAACUGCAGGGCACAGUCCAAUCGACGGCCCUGACCGUCCUUGGUCACACACGACGUCAACAUCAGGACUGGUUCGAUGACAAGGAUGCUGACAUCAGCAACCUGCGCUCUGAGAAGAACCGCCUGCACAAAGCCUACGACAAUCGCCCCACCGACGCUAGCAAAGCAGCUUUCUACCGUAGUCGCCGCCUUGUGCAACAGCGGCUGCGGGAGAUGCAGGGCGUUUGGAUGGCUCCAAGGUCGAGGAGAUCCGAGGUUACAGGGACCGCAACGAAUGGAAGAAUGUCUUCUCCGUGAUCAAGGCUGUUCACGUUCCGCAAACCAAAGCAACUGCUCCUCUUCUCAGUGCCGACAGAAGUACCCUACUCAUCAAGAAGACACAAAUUCUUCAGCAGUGGGCCGAGCACUUCAGAGCCGUCCUCAACUGUCUCUCUACCAUCUCCAACAUCGCCAUCAUCUGUCUGUCUCUAGUGGAGACCGACGACGACCUUGACGGCUCGCCCUCUCUUCACGAAACCAUCAGGGCCGGGCAGUAG